UUUUUCAAGUGCAUUUAGCUCAAAAUCACCAAUAUACCAAAGCAGCAUAUUGUGGAUGGCAAGUCCUAAACUCCUUCACCUCCAACUCUGCUCCUUGAUUAUAAGUCCUCACUUGUCCUUGCUGUGUUUCAGAGUUGAGCCCUAUCUCUUUCCUAUUGCAACAGUCUUGACACCUAUUACAAUAAUCCUGAAUAAAGUUCACUACUAUUUUAAUGAGUGUCAAAAUGAUUUUUUAACAUCAAUAAUGAGCUUUAACUAAUUUCCAUUUAUUAUCCCUGACCCAUAAAAAAUUAAAAUAAUUAAAAUAUCCUUGCAAGUUGUAAUAAAACUCUUUAAAAGUAUUUUUGCUUUGUUACAGAGAACAUGCAUGCUUAGAGGCAUUUUCCUUCCAUAUAUGUCCUUUAUUCAAAUGUUCAGCAACUUUCCUCAUUUUAUGAUCAGAAUUUGACUCCCACUUCCCAGCUCCUACUGAUCCCAGACACAUAGAGUAAUUUGGAUUGGAAAUGUUUUAGUUGAUUAGUCUUUAACUGUAGAGCAAAGUUUCACAAUCUUUUCAACAGACAGGGGAAGUUUGUCUCUGCCCAUGAAAAUGUCAUACCAAAGCACAUCUUACUUUCUCAGUGGCUGACUCCAUACAAGUGUCAUCUCUUUCUCACCAACUGAGAAGUAAUUAGUAGUGCCUGGGACAUUAGAAGAAUUCAGCAAGUGACUGCAAUUACUAUUAUUAUUAAGACAUGAACUUUAAUUUUUUUCAGCUUAUUUUUCCUAACUCUUCACUGCAAAAACCUUAUUCUGCCCUUUGCCUUACCUUACCUUCCUUUUUAUCAUUCUUAACUCCGUUCCCAAAAGGAGAAAUGACUUUGCAAGCUGCAGAUAAUGAAACUGAUAUUCUCUCUUAAGGAAUCAUGCAAAAAUAAUUCAAGUACACAAGAAUUUUAUGGAUGGGGCACUCUAUUCAGGUUAUCCACUGGAUGAUGUAAUGAGUUGUAAGAGAGAAAAAAAAUAUGUAUUAUUAAGUAGGUGCUCAAGAAGUGUCAGGUCCCUUCCAAUUUCCUCAGUUUUAUAGAUGAGGGCAAUGAGGCCCAGAAAGAGAAGUAGUCACAACUAAGAGCUACCAAAAAGGGGGCUGAGGGUCUGGCUUUUAUUUCUUGUCUUGGCCCUCCUUUUCCUGAUUUGAUUACGUGACUUAAUGAACCAUCUAACAAAUCCACAAGGUUCGCCAAUGUAUAUGACACAUGUCAAGAGCCCAGAUAUACUAACACUUAUUGGAAACAAACAUUUUGGUCAAGUAUACCAGUUAUGUUGCCUUUCCCUAAAAUUUUAUCUGGUAUGUCUCCAAAUUUUGUCUGUUAAGUAUCACAGCCUUAUACAUAGUUGGAGAUAACUACUUAUUUUCAGACCUUCACAAUUUUUUUUAACAGUUAAAAAGAGCCCUUUAGGCUAUAACUCAUUGGAGUCUAGAAUCAUAAUUACAGGAUAUUCCUAAAUUAAACGAUACCCAAUGUUGGUACCAAUUGGGUGAGAAGAAUCACUGAUUGAAAUAAAUAUUCAUCAUAUUAAAUAUUCAUCAAGACUUUAGGACGCAUCCAGACACUAUGACUUUGUCGUUCUUCGAAAUCCAUCCCGGACUAUAGGAACCCGGUGGAAGACUACCUGGUUCAGCAAACAAGAUUUCGAAAAGGAGGGGCCCGAGUAGGCGGGUCUGGACAACCCAGCGCGAGAAUACGCCCCAGCGCAUGCGCACCUCUUAGCGGGUAACUUCCAUUUGUUAGAUGGGGGAGACAAGUGAGAGGCUCUCUACAGUUUUCCAACUCCUAAUGACAACCAAAAGCUAGAGCUUCAACAGUUCCAUGAAUAACGUGAGAGAAUUGUCCUCCGAAGUCAAGAUUAAGGACGCUUGGCAUAUGCCACUAAAGCAAGAGGUGACUUCUCGUAUCUUCCCCCAUCCCCUGGAACAUUGGUGGUCUAGUCCAUUCCACAGACUUUCGAGUCCUUGCAGCGGGUCGGGGAUCGAAGGAUUGGGCCGAUUGCGGCUGAAACGUCUUUGGAAGGAGGAAGGGGGUGAGGGGGCAUCCCUUUGAGUUCCGCUCCUCCUUUUUCGAGGCGGCAGUAGGGAAAGGGGACGUACGAAAUACUGCUCUCGAAAGCUAACGGAUCUUCACCUCUCCGUGCAAACUGCCGGGAGGGCGGCGGGAAAAGGGCAAGACGGGAGCAGGGAAAGGGAAAGAGCCAGGAAGCUGCGCGGGAGGGCGCGCACGCGCGCCCCUUUUUCAGCAGUGUGGCGGGGUCGCACGCACGCCCGCCUCGGCGGCUGGGCGCGGUUUGCGACAGUGGGGGGAGCGGUGGAGGUGGCGGCGGCAGUGGCAACUUUGCGGCAGGCUCCGGCCGGGCUUGCUUGACGGCGGUGUGGCGGAGGCCCCGCCCUAGGCGGCAGGAACCUGGAGGGAGGCGGAGGAAUAUGUCCGAGAGGGAAGUGUCGACAGCGCCGGCGGGAACAGACAUGCCUGCGGCCAAGAAGCAGAAGCUGAGCAGCGACGAGAACAGCAACCCCGACCUCUCUGGAGACGAGAAUGAUGAUGCUGUCAGUAUAGAAAGUGGUACAAACACUGAACGCCCUGAUACACCUACAAAUACACCAAAUGCUCCUGGAAGGAAAAGUUGGGGGAAGGGAAAAUGGAAGUCAAAGAAAUGCAAAUAUUCUUUCAAGUGUGUAAAUAGUCUCAAGGAAGAUCAUAAUCAACCAUUGUUUGGAGUACAAUUUAACUGGCACAGUAAAGAAGGAGAUCCGUUAGUGUUUGCAACUGUAGGAAGCAACAGAGUUACCUUAUAUGAAUGUCACUCACAAGGAGAAAUCCGGUUGUUGCAAUCUUAUGUGGAUGCUGACGCUGAUGAAAACUUCUAUACUUGUGCAUGGACAUAUGAUAGCAAUACAAGCCAUCCUUUGCUGGCUGUGGCCGGAUCUAGAGGCAUAAUUAGGAUAAUUAAUCCCAUAACAAUGCAGUGCAUAAAGCAUUAUGUUGGCCAUGGAAAUGCUAUCAAUGAGCUGAAAUUCCAUCCAAGAGAUCCAAAUCUUCUCCUGUCAGUAAGUAAAGAUCAUGCUUUACGAUUAUGGAAUAUCCAAACAGACACUCUGGUGGCAAUAUUUGGAGGCGUAGAAGGGCACAGAGAUGAAGUUCUAAGUGCUGAUUAUGAUCUUUUGGGUGAAAAAAUAAUGUCCUGUGGUAUGGAUCACUCUCUUAAACUUUGGAGGAUCAAUUCAAAGAGAAUGAUGAAUGCAAUUAAAGAAUCUUAUGAUUAUAACCCAAAUAAAACUAACAGGCCAUUUAUUUCUCAGAAAAUUCACUUUCCUGACUUUUCCACCAGAGACAUACAUAGGAAUUAUGUCGAUUGUGUGCGAUGGUUAGGUGAUUUGAUACUUUCCAAGUCUUGUGAAAAUGCCAUUGUGUGCUGGAAACCUGGCAAAAUGGAAGAUGAUAUAGACAAAAUUAAACCCAGUGAGUCUAAUGUGACUAUUCUCGGGCGAUUCGAUUACAGCCAGUGUGACAUUUGGUACAUGAGGUUUUCUAUGGAUUUCUGGCAAAAGAUGCUUGCAUUGGGCAAUCAGGUUGGCAAACUUUAUGUUUGGGAUUUAGAAGUAGAAGAUCCUCAUAAAGCCAAAUGUACAACACUGACUCAUCAUAAAUGUGGUGCUGCUAUUCGACAAACCAGUUUUAGCAGGGAUAGCAGUAUUCUUAUAGCUGUUUGUGAUGAUGCCAGUAUUUGGCGCUGGGACCGACUUCGAUAAAAUACUUUUUCCUAAUCAAAAUUAGAGCGUGUUUUCUGUGUAUAAUAGAUUAAUGUAUCUUGCUAGUAAGGGCACAUAGAGCAUUUAGAGUUGUCUUUCAGCAUUCAAUCAGGCUGAGCUGAAUGUAGUGAUGUUUACAUUGUUUACAUUCUUUGUACUGUCUCCUGCUCAGACUCUACUGCUUUUAAUAAAAAUUUAUUUUUGUAAA